UGCACAGAAGCAAAACGAAGUAUUAGGUGUGUGCAACUCGAAGCUCCGGUUGAUUUCCACUGUGUUUACUCAACUACUGCAAAGAGGCGAGUGUCACAUUGUACACUGGAAGGAACUGGGCAUAGAGUGUGACAAUAUUUCCACUUUAGAUCUCUUUAGAGUAUUGAUGAGUUGUAUAAAAGACAGUUGCUGGUGUUGAUCAGGAAAGGAUUAUAAUAAGAAAUGAUGAUCAAUUGAAUGCAAAAAAACGUGAAGAAAAUCCAGACAAGUUUCGAGAGGAUCUGCAUUUUCAAGUGCUGAGCCUAUUUCGGACCAGCAGAGUAAACAGAAUCUACAAAUUUAAACAGUUGACAUUUAUUGGUGAAAAAAGCUCGCCCUAAUUCCGAUGGUUUAGAUCCCCCAAGUUCCAGGUCUAUGGAAAUGCAAGAUCCAGCAAACCCACACAGUCCAGUAAGUGGAAGCAGUGAAUCUCCCAAUGGUCCAAAACUUGACAACUCAUGUAUCAAUAAUAAUUCCAUGACACCAAAUGGCACAGAAGGUGACAACAUGACUUUGCUCAGCGCAGCAGACUGGUUGCUAGGUUCUAGUACACAGACCACUGAAGUCAAAAGAGAGCCAAUGAGCAGCAGUGAUAUUGGAACAACAACAGACGGGUCUGCAGACAAUUUCUCAGGAUCAGCAAUUGGAAGCAGUGGCUUUAGCCCAAGACAAGCUCACCACUUCUCUCCUCAGAUUUAUCCUUCCAACAGGUCAUACCCACACAUUCUCCCUACUCCUUCCUCACAAACUAUGGCAGCAUAUGGACAAUCUCAGUAUACCACAGGAAUGCAGCAAGCAGCAGCUUAUGCAACCUAUCCACAACCAGGCCAGCAUUAUGGAAUUCCGCCCUAUGAACCUGCAGAUCUGAUGUCACUAACCGAUAUAGGUGCAUUAUGGGCAGGCAUCAAGACAGAAGGUGGAUUGACUCAAACACAGUCACCUGGCCAAACUGGAUUUCUAAGCUAUGGCUCAAGCUUUAGUGCACCUCAACCAGGCCAAGCCCCUUACAGUUACCAAAUGCAAGAUGGACAGGAAAAUGAGGCACAUCAGGCUCAGAAACAAAGUACAGGCUGGAUGGGAAAAACUAAACCACUAGAACAGGAAGGUGGAAGCUUUGCAACUGGACCAGGCAUUUACACAGGAAGUAGUUCACUCACAAAUUCUACAGGUUUUAAUAGUUCACAGCAGGAAUAUUCUUAUGCAGGCUUUGGCCAGGGACAAUAUACACAGUAUUAUAACAGUUCUCCAUACCCUUCCCCUUAUGUGACAAGCAACAACAGCAGCCCAACCCCUUCAAGCACUACGACAUACCAGCUCCAAGAAUCUUCAACUGUCACUAGUCAAGCUGUUAUAGAAUCUGCUGCAGGAGAGUUUGGUACAAUCCACAGUCCAUCAACACCCAUUAAAGAUUCAGAUUCAGAUCGAUUGCGUAGAGCUACAGAUGGAAAAUCACGUGGUAGAGGCAGGAGAAACACUAAUCCCUCACCACCUCCAGACUCUGACCUUGAGCGAGUGUUCAUAUGGGACUUGGAUGAAACAAUCAUCAUUUUUCACUCCUUGCUCACAGGAUCCUAUGCCAAUAGAUAUGGACGGGAUCCACCUACAUCAGUAUCACUCGGGCUACGAAUGGAAGAAAUGAUAUUUAACCUGGCAGAUACACAUCUAUUUUUCAAUGAUUUAGAAGAAUGUGAUCAAGUUCACAUUGAUGAUGUGUCAUCAGAUGAUAAUGGACAGGAUUUAAGUACUUAUAACUUUGCAACAGACGGCUUUCACGCUGCAGCAACAAGUGCAAAUCUUUGCCUCGCAACUGGCGUGCGUGGAGGAGUUGAUUGGAUGAGGAAGUUGGCUUUUCGCUAUCGACGAGUGAAAGAAAUAUAUAACACCUACAAAAACAAUGUAGGAGGUCUCCUUGGUCCAACUAAAAGGGAAUCAUGGUUACAAUUGCGAGCAGAAAUUGAAGCUCUGACAGAUUCAUGGUUAACGCUUGCACUGAAAGUGCUCACACUCAUUCAUUCAAGGUCAAAUUGUGUAAAUAUUUUAGUAACAACAACGCAGCUGAUACCUGCUCUUGCCAAAAUCUUGUUGUAUGGAUUAGGAAUUGUUUUUCCAAUUGAAAAUAUAUAUAGUGCAACAAAAAUAGGGAAGGAAAGCUGCUUUGAACGAAUAAUUCAAAGAUUUGGCAGAAAAGUAGUUUAUGUUGUUGUGGGAGAUGGCGUUGAAGAAGAACAGGCAUCUAAAAAGCACACUAUGCCAUUCUGGAGGAUCUCAAGCCACUCUGACCUUAUGUCUCUACAUCAUGCCCUGGAAUUGGAGUACUUGUAGCAGUAUAUCGGCACUUUGAAACACAAGUUCUCCACCCUCACUAUCAAUGGACUACAGUACUGUGUCUUGAUCAGCUUCUAACUCCAAACUGUGUGAUGUGUCCCAAGUGUUGACAUACAGCUGCAAUUUGUCUUAACCCUUAACCUUCCUUUAAAUGGAGGAGAAUGAAUCUCUGUCAAAGCAGCUGGUGACUCCCAAGGACUGUGGAUUAGAUGCGUACAGUGAGAAGCCAUCAUAAUGUUGAACAAUGUUUAACUGUUGUUAUGUUGCUACAAGAGUUCAUCCCCGUGAAGAGAAUAAACGGAAGAUGCUUAACCUUUACCCUGCUGAAUCAACCAGAACUCUGUACGGCUUUCAGAACAGAUACCAGUGCUUCAACGGUUAAUAACUGUAAGAUUAAGACUUCGGUAAGGAAACAAACUAUAUUUGCCAGACGAAAUGUAAAUCUUACACUAAAAAUUGAGUUGGACAACUGCUAGUGGGUUUUUUUUGCUUGUGGAGAAAGUUUGCUUCCCUGAUUACAGAUAGCCAGGGGUACAUCUGUCCUUAUUUAUGAACUGACUGUUAAGUGUUAACAUCAUUUAUGAAGGUACUUAAUCAGAUGUUUAUCAUUUGACACAGCAAGCACAUUUGAUUUUGUCAUGUCACAAAGUAGUUUACAGAAAAAUGGUUUGUCUUAUCAUUUAAGAUGGCUAUUUACUUUGCUAAGACAAUCAUGUAUAUAAAAAUGUCAUUUUGUGUAAAUUUGUAAUCAUCAGACAAUUAUUUUACAUUUUGUUAAGGUAAAUGCAAUGGAAAGGUAGCAAUGCCUAAUUUGUGAAGUAUAAGUUUAGCAAGGCAUUGUGUGCACAUGUGCUGUGCCUUAUCAAAGUGUUGGUGUGUUAAAGUGCAACUUUCUGUUGGGUAAAUAUGUAGAUAAUGGAAUUUUUGUGAUAAGAAUUUUGUCAAGACCAAAAGCAUGGAUGUCAAGUGUCAAAAAGAUUUAUCUCUCUUUUUUAGCCUUUCACAUUUUCCUAAAUUAAUUUUCAUCCAUCUUGCAUCAUCCAUACAUUAACAGCUCUGCUUAAAGAAAGUAGAGAAUAAUUCCUGAAUCUCUUCAUACACAAAGAAUGUAGAAGAUAUAGUAUAUUUUUUAUUAUUAUGAAAGCUUUUCUUUUAUUACCAACUAGAAUGAGCAUUAUUUUACUGAAAGCUAAAGCCCUUGUAGCAUCUACAUUCUAUUGUAUGAAAAUACUCUAGGAAAUUAACGUGUAGAUUUUUUAAAGCAAGAAAUGUUAGAACAUUAUAGACUUUUUCUUGUGUAAUUGGGUCUGAUCUAUUUUGGUAGUGUCCAUUUUUCAUGAAAAAUAUUAUUAACAUUCUAUGCUGUUGACUGAGAUUUUUUUUUGAGGUCUUGGACCUUUUAAAGCUUUGGCACUUCGGACUACAGAAGACAAAAAGCUUUGGCCUGUUUACUGUGAAUGCAAUUCUAACUAUAAUUCCCUUCCACUUUUCUUUUCCUCCAUACAUGGAGUUUAUUCUGUUCUAUGUGUUCUAUGUAGCUCAUUUGUUGAUAGGCAGAGAAAAGCUGUUUUUCAUUUGGUAAGUUUUAUAAAAUUUAUCCCUGUUAGCUUAAACUAACUGUAUUGCAAAUUUGCAUAAGUUAUCAAAUAAACAUAAAUCUUAGCUUACAUUGACAAAUGCCUGACAUAGAACUCCCCUGUGAUCACUAUAGAGAGACUUCAGUUCUGUUGGUUUACAGCUCAUGUACAUACAUAAAAAGCUUGUUAUUUGAUAAAUGCCGUACAGCUAUUUGUUACAACAAUUCAUUCAAUCAAGAAAUCAUUCAACAAUACAAAGGAGUCUACCUUUUCAUGAGGGGAAAUUAACAUUACAAGUACCUCUGCUAGAACAAGACUACAGUGGACUAUUUAAAUACUUACUAACUGAAAGAUUAAAUCAAUAAUAAGACAGUGGUUUAUGAUUUUGCUUUUUGCAAUCAGAAUGACUGGAAACCAACAGAUCACCGGGCCAUGUAAAAAAAAAGGUGUGUUGUGUCUGCAAAAAACCUGUACCGACUUUUCUCAUGACUUUUGUGUUUAAAUUAAUAAAAUCAAUUUGUGAAAUGUA